AACCUUGAACCUUAGGGUUUGGCUUCCACAUGUACCCUUGUUUACGAGAUCACUGAAGGUGUGGGGACUAUUCAUGGUCCAUGGCAGAAUAGUGAGUUGAAAUUAAGUCUUCUUCUAUCAUUCCUAUUUAACUAUUUCCGUUAAACGUGUCGGUCUCUCCGUGGAUCAAUGGAUUCAGAUCCAAACUAUCAAAACAACUUGAACGGCAGGGGAAACCCUGACAAUGGAGCUGUCAACCGUCAGAAUAACGCAAACGAUGUAGUCUCACCUGAUAAUGGAAGUGGAAAUGCACGAGAUACUGAAACAUUUACGGGAUUCACCAGGGUGGCCCCAAACGAGACCAGACGGCGUCAGCUACAAAACAUGGCUCAGAAGGAAGAGGCGGACUUUCAGAAGUAUAGGGAGUCUCUAAAGCCGGUCACCAUCGACGAGCCCCCAGAAUUGCUAGGUGGGGGUGUGUCGCUGGCCGAGGCAAGGCGAAGGCAGCAGACGCAGUUAGACCAGUCCAGAAUACAGAAAAGGAUGAAAAAGAUGGAGCUGGACAGAAGGAGGAGAGCAGAAGAGGAGGAGGAGAACCAGCGGCUGAAAGAUGAACAGAGGCAGAAGGCAGAGCAAUACGAGAGGCGGAGCAAACAGCAGGAGCAGAAGAGGAGCCAGCAGCUGAGACAGGAGCAUUGCAGAGUUACUGAAACCUUUUUGCAGAAGCUCCAGGGUGAAGGCUCUUCUCCAGCAUCAUCCAGCAGUGGAUCACAAACCCACGCCCUGCAUGGAGGCGGGGAGGAGAACGAGUGGUGGAGGGGGCCAGAGAGCUCAGGUCUGCACCUGAAGAAGAAGGAACAGACUCUCCCUGUUCCACGGGGCCAGACCUUGCAGGACGAUCCGAGAGUGAGAGCUAUGGGGAGUGGACAAGAACAAGCAGACCACAGAAAGCUGAACUCAGCAUUCCUGGACCGAUUGGAGAAUCGCGGCCGGGCCGAUGACGCAUUGGCCUUCCGAGACUCCGAGAGCUGGGAAUCCCAACGUCCCGAACCACCGCAGUGUUCCGUCGCUCAUACAACACCAGAUGCACCACAGAGCGAUGCCGAAUGGCCGGAAUUGGCGGCGGACUUGGAGGCUGAGUUUGACUGGGCCGUUCAGAAACUCAAAGUCACUUUCCCCGAGUGUAAUCGAAGGUUUCUGGAGGACAUCCUGAACCAGUGUGACGGAGACUGCCAGCAGGCGGCCGCGCUGCUCCAUGAGACCAUGAGCUGAUUGAGCUUGUGCCUCUGAACCACGGGACCGCCACUACUUGGCAUGGUAUCUCAUACAAAUGGUCGCAAAGUCAUUACAGAAAUUUGAAAUGCUCAGGCUAAAAGCUCCCUAAUGCGUACAAGUUUACUUAAGUACAUGGAUUGAAUUUCACUUGGAAAGUCUUAUUUAUAAUACUGCAUCACAAUCUAUGUUUUGCCAAAAUUCUAUAUUCAUAAUAUACUUUCCCAUCGAGAUUUUAGCCUGUGAUCAGUUGUAGUGAUCUGUUUGUUGUCAUGGGCUUUCCCUUGAAUGCCAAUAAAUCAUUUUGUGUGUUUGUCUUGAUGGUUUAAAUUGUUUAGCUAUAGGUCAUUGCUAUGACUCAUAAUCUUUGAAUGUUUGGUUCCUAAUUAAAUCAGUGUGUGUUGGAACAACUCUC